UCUCCUCCGAGCUUCAGCAAAGUGCAGAACAAGGAACAGGCUCAGAUUCAUUUAAGGGACGCGGAGUGGAGCGCGCACGCAAGAUUACCACAGUGCAGUUGAAGUUCUCCCUCAGCACCCAAAGCUAAACAAAAACAAAUCUGUUCUUCUGAAGAGAAGAAUUCAGCGAGGGAUCGGGAAUCUUAAAAGGAUCUAUCCCAGUCAGAAGUGGUGUGUAUUACCUCCCAGUGGCCGGUGGUCCUCUCCCAGUGCUGAAAAAUGAGUCUGAGCACCAGUGAGCUGGAGGACCUGUGGGAGUCGUUCGGGGACCUCAACUUCUCCGAAGCCUUCAGCAACAUAUCGAGUGUGGAUGCAUUGGUGUGUGCCACGGCUUUCAACCGCAACGCUCUGCUCUACUCCAUGUGUGUCCUCUACACGUUCAUCUUCAUCGUCGGCGUUGCUGCUAACGCUCUCGUCCUCUGGGUCAACAUUCGUGCCCAAAGAGACUCCACCCCUCGCCACGAGACACACAUGUACAUUGCCCACCUGGCGGUCGCAGACCUGUGUGUGUGCGCCACCCUGCCCGUGUGGGUGAGCUCGCUGGCCCAGCAUGGCCACUGGCCCUUCGGUGAGGUGGCGUGUAAACUCACACACCUGCUGUUCUCCGUCAACCUCUUCGGCAGCAUCUUCUUCCUGGCCUGCAUGAGCGUGGACCGCUACCUGAGCGUGGCGAAGCACGGAGACAACGAGAGAGGCGCACGCAGGAAGCUGAUCCACAGCGGAGUGUGUGUAGGGGUGUGGCUUCUGGCUCUGGUCGCCUCCCUGCCCGACACCUACUUCCUACGUACCGUGAAGUCAACGCAUGGGGACACCAUGCUGUGCCGGCCAGUGUACCCAGAGGGAAACCCCAGGGAGUGGAUGGUGGGCGUGCAGCUGAGCUUCAUCCUGCUGGGCUUUGUUCUCCCCUUCCCUGUCAUUGCAGUGUUUUACGCCCUACUAGCCAACGCUUUUACUCGCUCCUCGUCUUCUUCAUCGUCUUCCACGGUGGAGCAAGAGCGCCGUGUGAGCCGCAGGGUGAUCCUGGCAUACAUCGUGGUGUUUCUGGGCUGCUGGGGGCCCUACCAUGGCGUCCUCCUGGUUGAUGCCCUGUCUCAGCUGGGCCUGGUGCCUCUGACCUGUGGCCUGGAGAAUGUGAUCUACGUGGCCUUGCACCUCACCCAGUGCCUGUCCUUGCUCCACUGCUGUUUCAACCCGAUCCUCUACAACUUCAUCAACAGAAACUACCGCUAUGACCUCAUGAAGGCCUUCAUCUUUAAAUACUCCACGAGGACGGGUUUGGCGCGUCUAAUCGAUGCGUCCAACAUGUCUGAGACCGAGUACUCUGCUGUAGCUGUAGAAAACCCACCACAGAUCUGAGACGGUUUCUAAUGACUGCAAAUGCAAUAUAAACAUAUGUUACAACUGAUUUAUUCUUCUCAGAAUCUGUCCACUGACAGCAUCCUGUGAACAGAAAUCAGAGUCAUGUAGAAAAAGCUUGAAGACAGGCUAAUAUCAAUGAUGAUUUAUCCAUUUUAAAGCACUUACAAAGCAGUUUUAUUAUAACAGCUGAUACUGAAAGCAUAUAUUUCACUCAUUGUCACUCAUUCGUAAAGCCAAUACAGUGGCCGUAUAUAUGUAAAAUCAUUGCUCGUACCGUUGAUGUAGUAUCGUGUGUAUAUGUGUGUGUGUGCGUGUGUUUGUGUGUAUAGUCUGACAGGCAUUGAAUAUCAAUAGCAUCAGCAGAGUAAUAUUGUUAAUCUCCUUUUUUUUAUAAAUUUGUAUUUAUAUACUGUACCUUUUAAAUGCUUUGCCUCCCUCGUGUAAAUCAAAGACAUCACACACUGAUGGCUGCUCAGUUCUCCACUUCAUUCAAUGCUGCUUCAUCAUUUUUUAGUCGAGCCACUGACUGGCUCAGUGUUUUAGUCCUGCUGUCUCCGUUUGAUCAUAACCUCAUGUCACGAAUCCUUCAAACACAAAGGUUUUUAAUUUGUUUUUUUCCUGCAACUUGCACUUUGUAAAUGAUAUAAAACGUGUGUUCUGAGUUGCAGAGUUCGAGGGAUAGUUCGACUUGCAGGAAAUGGAAAUGUCCGUGCACUAAAUAUGAAGCUACAGCUUGCAGCUGUUAAGCUUUGCUUCAUAUAAGAACUGGAAACAGUGGAAACGGCUCGACCCCCCCCCCCCCCAAGAAUCUGCUUGUCAGCCCCUCCAAAGAUGACUAAUUAACAUGUUUAUUUGUUUGUUUGUUUGAUUCAACAGCGCUCUGUGGAGGAUUAUGGGCUGGACUAUUUCUUUGCUGGAGGCAGUGAUUCUCUGCUAAAAUAAUCACAUGCUGGCUUCAGCAUCAUAUUUAGCGUACGGACAUAUGAGUGGUACUGCAUCGACCCUCUCAUCUAAUGUAACUCUCUCUGCAAGAAAGCAAAUAAACAUAUUUUCCAAAAGUCA